AUCUCCUCCAACCGCACGGCUAGCAUCGUCACAAAGCCACCCAACCACUCCUUGUUGGACACUCGUCUUUUUUCGUCCCAAGCCGUGCGGUCGCAGUCGCCACCGUCGAGAACAGAAGCCCUUUUUCUCGAUUCCUGACCACGCGCUGACCCGACGACACCUCGUUCCUUCUUUUCCCUUCGCCUGUUUGCUCGCGCCGCCACCCCAUCCGCCAUCAUGACCGCUCUCGGCGACGACCUGCUGCGCAUUGUCAACCAGCUGCAGGACCUCGUCUUCAAUACCAUCGGCACAGACUCGCUAGAUCUCCCCCAGAUUGUCGUUGUUGGCUCUCAAUCUGCUGGAAAGUCCUCCGUCCUCGAGAACAUUGUCGGCCGCGACUUCCUGCCCCGUGGCAGCGGCAUCGUCACCCGCAGACCUCUUAUCCUCCAGCUCAUCAACGUCGAGCCCGACGAGACGAUACAGGACACCCACGCCGCCUACCGCAACCCGACCCAGGCUGGUCCCAACGAAUGGGCCGAGUUCCACCACAUUUCCGGCCGACGCUUCACAGACUUCGGCGAUGUCAAGCGCGAGAUUGAGAACGAGACGGCCCGUGUCGCAGGAAGCAACAAGGGAAUCAACCGCCAGCCCAUCAACCUCAAGGUCUACUCGCCACAUGUGCUGAACCUCACCUUGGUGGAUUUGCCCGGUCUGACCAAGGUUCCUAUCGGUGAUCAGCCUGCAGAUAUCGAGAAACAAACCCGUACCCUGAUCUCCGAGUAUAUUGCCAAGCCGAACAGUAUCAUCCUCGCUGUCUCCCCCGCCAACGUCGACAUUGUCAACUCGGAAGCCCUCAAGCUUGCCCGUCAUGUCGAUCCGCUCGGCCGUCGCACCAUUGGUGUGCUUACCAAGGUCGACCUCAUGGACCAUGGCACCAACGCCCUAGAUAUUCUGUCUGGCCGCGUCUAUCCCUUGAAGCUGGGCUUCAUCGGUGUCGUCAAUCGGUCGCAACAGGACAUUCAGGGCAAUCGGCCCAUGGACGAAGCCCUCAAGGCCGAGAGCGAGUUCUUCCGUCACCACCCGGCUUACAGAAACAUUGCCACACGGUGCGGUACUCAGUACCUUGCGAAGACUCUCAACUCGACCCUUAUGAUACACAUUCGGGAACGCCUUCCUGACAUCAAAGCCCGGCUCAACACCCUUAUGGGCCAGACUCAACAAGAGCUUGCUAGCUAUGGUGACAUGCACUUCAGCGGCAAGGAGCACCGGGGUUCUAUGAUCCUGCAGCUCAUGACACGCUUCGCCACGUCUUUCAUCUCCUCCAUAGAUGGUACUUCUACUGAGAUCUCCACAAAGGAGCUGUCUGGCGGUGCUCGCAUUUACUACAUCUUUAAUUCGGUAUUCGGCCACAGCCUCGAGACUAUCGACCCCACAAGCAACCUCUCUGCGCUCGACAUCCGUACUGCGAUCCGCAACUCUACUGGCCCCCGACCAAGUCUGUUUGUACCAGAAAUGGCGUUCGAUCUUCUUGUGAAGCCGCAGAUCAAGCUGCUCGAGAUUCCCAGCCAAAGAUGUGUUGAGCUCGUCUACGAGGAGCUGAUCAAGAUCUGCCACACAUGUGGCUCAACAGAGCUAUCGAGGUACCCUCGCUUGCAAGCCAAGCUCAUCGAAGUUGUCUCGGAUCUUCUCCGAGAGCGUCUCGGGCCGGCUUCAUCCUAUGUCGAGUCCCUGAUCUCGAUACAGCGAGCAUACAUCAACACCAACCAUCCCAACUUCCUCGGCGCCGCGGCCGCAAUGAGCCAUGUUGUCACCAACAAGCAGGAGCGGGAGAGGAAAAGAGUAAUACAAGAGGAGCGCGAACGCCGCGAGAAGAAGAGGCUCCAGGAGCUGUCUAACGGUGACGGCCCAGAUGAGGAGGCGGAAGGUGCUGGUGAGGACGUGGCUCCGAAGAAGAUUCCCAUGAAGAACGCCCGAAGCCUGUCAAAUGUCCGAGACAUCGGCCCGAGUAGCCUCGCUGCGACCAUGAACGGCACAAGAUCCGCCUCGCCAGCCAGACUGAACAUGCAGGCUGCGAACCCGAAGGACUCCUUCUUGAACUACUUCUUUGGCAAGGAGGGCGCGGGUGCUCCAUCACCAGUGGGAUCAAGCCCUAUCUCCUCGUCACUACCGCGACACGUGAGCCAGAGUGCAGAGCCGACCUUCAGCGGCAGCAUUCGUCGUGGAGAGGACAAGCUCACACACAGGCCGGCAUUGUCCGAUGCUUUGCUGCGUGGUGAGACGAGCCCGAAGGGUCUUGGCUUUGGCUUGGACUCCCAAUUUGGUGAGAACGGUGAGCCUGCCCUGACAGAGCGGGAAGCUAUGGAGACGGAGCUCAUUCGGGCUCUCAUCUCCUCCUACUUCAACAUUGUCCGCGAGACGAUCGCCGAUCAGGUACCAAAGGCUGUCAUGCACCUGCUCGUCAAUCACUGCAAAGAUGUCGUGCAAAACCGGUUGGUGAGCAACCUGUACAAGGAGACGCUCUUUGAGGAGCUGCUGUACGAAGACGAUGGGGUCAAGAAAGAGCGCGAGAAGUGCGAGAAGCUCCUCGAGACGUACCGCGAGGCCGCCAAGAUCAUUGGUGAGGUUUUAUAAGGAUAGAUCCGCGAUGACGACGACGACGCACAACGACAAUGACAAAUGGCACCACUACUAUCGAAGAUGUUCUGCUCAGCAUACAGGGCGCGAGCAGAGGCACCAAAGCUAUAUGGAAGUGGAUACAGCAAGGGUAACAAAGGCAAAAAAGCAAAGAGGUUUUGGCGGCACUUGUGAUCAGAAGGCGGGCUUGGGUAUCUUGGGCAUCUUGAAGGCGAAGAACAGACACACUGGAGGACGAGCACGACGGAGCCAGGAAAGAGAGGGAGCGGACAAGAAGUGUGGGUCCGAACACCAUUGUACUCCUGUAAAACCACAUACACUGCUCUUCUUUCUUGUUUAACCCUUUCCUUCCCGCCUAAUCCUCCUAUCUCACUUUAUAUAUGAACUAGAGCUCCACAUGCAUCGGUUGCACUGAGCAGAC